AUGGCAAAAAUCUGCACACAGCAAUCCUACCCCACCCGCCAAAGGCCGUAUGAAGAUGACCUGGAGCAGAUGGAGCAUGGCGGCAACAGGGUGCACUCUUUGUGUGAGGACACUUCAUCUGAGCCCCAGAAGGCCACAUCCUUGGACACCAAAAGCAGUUCAUUCACAAGGCCUGGGGGCAUGACCAGGGUCUCCCAUGUGGUGUUCAUGCUGAGGAGCUGGGCCUCAGGCAGAUGGCACCAGGAGGCUGAGAGGCCUGACUCCUUCAUGGAGCGUUUCCGGGUCCCGGAGCUCAAAGAGUCAUCCAGCUGUGCCCCAUCCUCACUAGGGAACCCCAUUCACCCACGCAAGAGGAAUUUGAUCAGUCAGUGGCCACUGGCACCUCUCAACGUCAACAACUGUAACAAUACAGACGACAAAAAAGAGGACAAGAAAGAAGAAAAAAAGGAUGAAAAGAAAGAGGAGAAAAAAGAUGGGGACAAGAAGGAUGAAAAGAAGGAUGAAAAAAAGGAUGAGAAGAAAGAUGACAAAAAGGAUGAAAAAAAAGAUGACAAGAAAGAUGACAAAAAGGAUGAUAAAAAAGAUGACAAAAAGAAAGAGGAGCCACCGAAGGAGGUGUGGAUCAUGGACCCAGCGACUGAUCUGUACUACCGAUGGCUCUCAGUCAUCUCUAUACCUGCAAUGUAUAAUCUUAUGAUGCUCAUAACAAGGGCCUGCUUUAAUGAGCUCCAGAACAGUUUCACUACAUUAUGGAUCUGUCUAGAUUAUUCCUCAGAUGCGAUCUACCUAAUGGACACAUUUGUGAGAGCAAGAACGGGUUUUCUGGAGCAAGGUUUGCUUGUAAAGGACCCAAAGAAGUUGAGAGAUAACUACAGAAAGACACCGCAGUUCAAGUUCGACAUGUUCUCGCUGUUUCCUACAGAUAUUUUGAUGCUGCAAGUUGGGUUCAACAACCCUGAGCUGAGGUUCAACCGCCUCUUCAGAAUCCCGCGACUUUUUGAGUUCUUUGACCGAACGGAAACCAGGACAAACUACCCCAACAUUUUCCGAAUCAGCAACCUCGUCCUGUAUAUUCUUGUCAUCAUUCACUGGAAUGCCUGCAUUUUCUUCGCCAUCUCCAAAACCAUCGGGUUUGGCACGGACACCUGGGUGUACCCAAAUAUCAGCCACCCUGAAUAUGGUCGCUUGGUUAGGAAGUACAUCUACUGCCUCUACUGGUCCACACUUACCCUCACCACCAUUGGAGAGACCCCCCCACCUGUAAAGGAUGUGGAGUACCUCUUUGUGGUUUGUGACUUCCUCAUCGGUGUCCUGAUUUUCGCCACCAUCGUCGGUAACGUUGGUGCCAUGAUCUCCAAUAUGAACGCCUCCCGUGCUGAGUUCCAGGCCAAGAUUGACUCCAUCAAGCAGUACAUGCAGUUCCGGAAGGUCUCCAAAGAACUGGAGGCCAGGGUCAUCAAGUGGUUCGACUACCUUUGGACGAACAAGAAAACCUGUGAUGAGAGAGAAGUGCUGAAGAACCUGCCGGACAAGCUGAGGGCUGAGAUCGCCAUCAAUGUCCAUCUGGACACCCUGAAGAAGGUGCGGAUCUUCCAGGACUGCGAAGCGGGGCUCUUGAUCGAGCUGGUGCUCAAACUGCAGCCCCAGGUCUUCAGCCCAGGUGACUACAUCUGCAAGAAGGGUGACAUCGGGCGGGAGAUGUACAUCAUCAAAGAAGGAAAGCUAGCUGUGGUGGCGGAUGAUGGGAUCACGCAGUUCGUGGUGCUCAGCGAUGGCGCCUACUUUGGUGAGAUCAGCAUCCUGGGAAUCAAGGGGAGCAAAGCCGGAAACAGAAGGACAGCCAACAUCCGAAGCGUGGGCUAUUCUGACCUCUUCGCCCUCUCUAAGGACGACCUGAUGGAGGCCCUAACUGAGUAUCCGGAUGCCAAGAAGGCCCUGGAGGAGAAAGGAAAGGCCAUCCUGAUGAAGGACAACCUGAUUGACGAGGCCAUAGCUAAUGCUGGUGCCGACCCCAAAGAUCUAGAGGAGAAGAUUGUCCGACUAGACUCCAACCUGGACGUUAUACAGACCAAGUUUGCGCGGAUGAUGGCAGAGUACACCUCCAGCCAGUGCAAAAUCAAGCAGCGCAUCAGCAACAUGGAGGCCAGGGUCAAGUCCCUGCGUGAGGAAGAUCUUUCUGAAGUGGUGGAAGUCAAAAAGGACAAAUAG